UAUCUUCCCGCCACCUGGAUUACUCUAUCCUCUCUGUUCUCUCUCUCACUCUCUAAUGGCUUCUUCGUCUCUACCUCUUUCUCUCCCGAAUCCACUACGAUCUCGUAGUAGCACCACUCGUUCUCUACCUUUUCGAUGCUCCCCUCUCUUUCUCUCUCUUCCUUCUUCAAUAAUUUGCUUCUCCACUCAAAACCCCUCCGGUUACGACCGCGAAGAAAUCCGGUGGCUCCGGGAAGAGCAGAGAUGGAUUCGCGAGGAGCAACGUUGGAUUCGAGAGGAACAGAGAUGGAUACGCGAGCGUGAAUCUCUUCUACGAGAGAUUUCGGAUCUCCAGCUCAAAAUCCAAUCCCUAGAGUCACGAAAUUCGCAAUUGGGGAGUUCUGUUCCGGACACGGUUUCGAGUAUCGCCGCUUUGCUUCAGGUUUUGAAGGAGAAGAAUCGGAUCUCGGAGAGUGGAUUAAGCGCUACGUCGAUGGUAUUGGAGAAUACGAGAGAACUUGUGGUUGAGGAAGAAGAAGUGGAAUUGGAAGAAGAAGAAGAGAAGCGAGUGAUUAUUUCCGAGGAGAAAGUUAGGGUUCCGGAGCCGGUGAAGAUGAAGAAGAAGAGGAGGACGUUGAAGGUUGGAAGUGAAGGCGACGAUGUUCAAGCUUUGCAGGAAGCUCUGUUAAAAUUAGGAUUCUAUUCGGGUGAAGAGGAUAUGGAGUUUUCCAGCUUCUCAAGUGGGACUGCAAGUGCUGUUAAGACUUGGCAAGCAUCGCUUGGGGUACGUGAGGAUGGGGUAAUGACAGCAGAGCUUCUUCAAAGGUUGUUCAUGGAUGAGGAUACAGAGACAGAUAAUGAUGAAGCAAAUACAAUUAAGCAAGAGGAAGCUGGUAACGGAGCAGUAUUUACGUCAGUGACACAAGUCCCUGAGAAGAAUCAAUCAAUCAUAAAAGACCAAAGUGACAGAGAGGUUGACGUUACUAAAAAUCGGGUUUUUCUUCUUGGAGAAAACAGAUGGGAAGAUCCCUCCAGGCUCAUUGGCAGGAACAAACCGGUAGACAAAAGUAAAUCUACAAACACCAAAACGAGGUGCAUCACUUGUCGAGGGGAGGGUCGAUUGAUGUGUUUAGAGUGCGAUGGAACUGGUGAACCAAACAUUGAGCCGCAGUUUAUGGAGUGGGUUGGUGAAGAUACGAAGUGUCCGUACUGUGAAGGUCUUGGCUAUACAAUUUGUGAUGUCUGUGACGGCAAUAAAAACGUAUAAUCAAGUUGACAUCGAAGAGUACGACCUUGUUAGGUUCUCGCAUCAAGAAAGUGGAGCUCAAAGGGACACAGAAAGCUUCAGAAUUUGUGAGGAAAAUGCUUUGAUCUCCGAUGUCUUAGAGUGUAAACAGCGUUUCCUUCUUCGUCUAGCAUGAACACCAUUAUUGCUUCUGUUUUCUUUCUCGGAAUACCUUUGAUGAUCUCUGCGGUCUUCUUGUACGACUUAACGAUGAAAGUUUCAGUGGUAGUAACUGACUUCACCAGGUGUUCGAUUGUGUAGCACGAAUCCAAAAGGUCUAGUUUUGUGUUCACUAUAAUUUAUAUAGGCGCAAUUGGAAACCAUCCAGGACAUCAGGGGAGGUUUAUAUGUCUGCAUUCCACAGGUUAGAAAGCUUUCAGAUCAUUUUAAGAUACAUAUUCUGGUUAUUGUGUACUACUUGCUUAGGUUUCUGAAUAUUCUGGUUAUUGUGUACUAACUUCUCUUCUUCUUUUUUGGUGUAAGACAUAUGCUAGUAUUAAUGUACAUCAGUUACUAUUA